UGAAUUGUCUGGGCCGCUGGAGCAUAAAUUAAAGAGAACUGAUGUAGUCGAGCGGUUAUAGGUGGCAAGAGGAAGGGGGUGGAGACAAUAUAACUGAAUAUAAACGCUGAGAUACCUCACAGACUCAGAGACAGGACAAGAGGUCUGGCGAAGACUUUUGCUGUAGUUGGCUUGGCCUGGGAUUAGCCAGGGAAUCUUGACUAGAGCAAAGAUGAAUUCUGAAGAUUGUUCCAUAACAGAGAACAGCUCCUUGCAUCCGGAGAGAGAACAACAAAGUACCACCGCCAGCCCUCAGUUUGCAACACAGCAUGAAGGGUCCCUUCAAGUUCCUAUCCCAUGUGCUGUAUUGAAUGUGGUCUUUAUCACUUGUUUAAUCAUUGCUCUCAUCGCUUUAUCAGUUGGCCAAUACAACUGUCCAGGACAAUGUUCACUGGGUGUGAUGGCACACCCAGUGCCAUCAAAUAGCCCUGUUUCUUCAUGCUCAGAUGAUUGGCUUGCAUACCGGAGGAAAUGCUACUUUAUUUCCACUGUAACAAAGGACUGGAAGUCAGCACAAAACUUUUGCUCUGAACACAGGGCUACUCUUGCCUUCGUUGAUUCUGAAGAGGACAUGAUCUUUUUAAAACGAUAUGUGGGUAGAGCCGAACAUUGGAUUGGGCUGAAAAAUGAAGAUGGCCGGACAUGGAAAUGGUCAGAUGGCAAAGUAUUCAAUAACAGGUUCAACCUUAUGGGAUCUGAGAACUGUGCAUUUCUGAAUAGCUCAGGGGUCAUCAGCACAGAAUGUGAAAAGAAUUUAUACUGGAUAUGUAGUAAGCCCUUCAAAUAAUGAGGAAACAUAUUUGCUUCUUGACCAUGGUGACUUGGAACUCGAGGAAAUUUGUGUUGAUGGAUGCUGCUUUAUGGUCAGAAAUUUUCCAUAAAGACUUUGGGG